UUUAAACACGGUCUAAUUACCCCCUGCAACCGAAAAUAUUCGAGAAAUCUUAAGGUUGCAUGUAUAAGGUUGCACUGCGCAUAUCUAAUUCUCUUAAUUGCCAAAAACUAAACUUGAAAACGAAAAUAGUGAAACAUUAAAUUUCUAAAUCAAAUUGUUCCACCUUAACAGAAACCUACAAAUUCGAAACUAAAUGCAAUAUUUCAUUGUCCGUUCAAUAUAACACAAGAUCGGCGAGAGGUUAGAGUUUUAUUCUAUCGAAUCGUAAAUAUAUUACAAGAGAAUAGCGAGACUAACGAAGCACCUGUAUAAGAGCUAAAGCAUAAUUUUUGGUUUAGCUGAAAAAUCAACCGCAUUCGUUAGUUAGUUGAUAAUUUAUCGUGCGCAGAAGUAGACCGCUUGGCGUGUGUGUUGUGUUGUCUUUAAAUAAAAUUGAAAAUAUCGGUACUUUCGCUUAAAUUUGUUAUUUUAUUUUUUUGAUCUUCAACGAAAUUUGAUUUUUCAUUGAAUGCAACAAUGACAAUCUACAGUAAAAUUGUGCAAAUUAUUUUAAUAAAUUUUUAAGAGAAAUUUGUGGAUUAAAUCACAGUCACAGAUUCACUCUUGCGAUUUGGACUCAAAAAUGCAACAGAGAUGACUUCACUCGACAUCGAAAUAAAAUGUACAACAUUUUGGUUAAUGUUCGAAUUAAUCGCAACAUUGGCAUUCAUCACAUUUGUUAUUGGCUAUGUGAUUCUGGGACGACACCUUCACAGAAAAUGCAUUAAAGGGAGCACCGUUUUGAUUACGAAUGGGAAUUCCCAAUUAUCACAAGAAAUCGCCCGUCAAAUGAUCAACAAUCAUCAAUGCAAAGUGAUUUUAGUAUUUGAACCGGACGCUCAUAUACCUAAAACGGAUGAUAAAUGCGUUUCGUUCGAACGAAUCUACCAAUGCAAUUUUCUGGACCACAACCAAGUAAGAGAAUUGAGAGACAACAUUUUACGAAACGAUGGUACGAUCGAUAUUUUGAUUGAAAAUGGAAAAAUGCCAACAACAUCGAAUGCCACCAUUUCGAUAUUUUCAUUUCCGCCGGAACGAUUCAUUGAGGAGACCAGCAACCGAAUCAUCAUUACACUAAAUUUGCUAAUAAACUUUAUUCCGUCAUUAAAACAUUCCGCACGUCGUGGCCAUUUCGUUUCCAUCCAGUCGGAGCCAAGUGGUGCUCGACCGUUUCUGGAAACAUCGGCGGAAAUGAAAGAGUUAUGUAGACGUUUGAGCAUCGAUAACGAUAAUUUGAAGCCCAGCAUACCGAAUGAACUGUGCUUGUCAACGGUGGUGUUCAAUGACAACAAGAGUGAUAAUAAGCUAUUCAGAAAAUUAGAAUUAAAUUUGUGCGAAAUCGCCGGUACAAUAAUCAAAGGAAUUCAAAGUGAGAAGAAAGUUGUAGUUGUAAGUGAAAGAAGAAGUCUGAUAAAUUACUUGUUAAAACUGAUUAAAUUUAAAUGUUCGUAGUGAGA